AUAUACUCCAUUGGUAAUAUUGCAAGAGAGUACUGACAGCAUUAACCAUGGCUCCUAAAAAGAUGCCUCCAAAGAAGGGAGGAGAUGGACCAAAACAGCCCCCCCUGAUUGGACGUUUCGGGACUUCCUUGAAAAUUGGAAUCGUUGGGUUACCAAAUGUAGGAAAGUCAACGUUCUUCAAUGUUCUUACAAAGAGUGAGGCAGCGGCUGAGAAUUUUCCCUUUUGCACCAUUGACCCAAAUGAGAGCCGUGUGCCCAUUCCAGAUGAGCGCUUUGACUUCCUCUCCCAGUACCAUAAACCAGCCAGUAAGGUUCCGGCGUUUCUGAACGUGGUGGAUAUUGCUGGCUUGGUGAAAGGUGCUCACGCAGGCCAGGGUUUGGGUAACGCCUUCCUCUCUCACAUCAGUGCCUGUGAUGCCAUCUUUCACAUGACACGACUGCUUCCAGAUUGUGAUUGUCAAGAAAUCAAUUCUCCGGUGUCAUCACUCCAGUUGGCGAAGAUCAAAGAGUGGGUUGACAUUCAUGAUCCAGGUGCGCUGGUCAUCCCGUUCAGUGGGGGAUUUGAGAGCAAGUAUCAGGAUAUGACUGAUGAAGAGAAACAGAAAUAUUGUGAGGAGAACAAAACACAGAGUGUUCUGACUAAGAUCAUCAAGAGUGGGUAUGCAGCCCUGCAGCUGGAGUACUUCUUCACAGCAGGACCCGACGAAGUCCGUGCAUGGACCAUCAGGAAAGGCACCAAGGCCCCGCAAGCAGCUGGAAAGAUCCACACAGACUUUGAAAAAGGCUUCAUCAUGGCCGAAGUCAUGAAGUUUGCAGACUUUAAGGAGGAAGGCAAUGAAAACGCAGUUAAAGCUGCAGGGAAAUACAGACAACAGGGGCGGAACUACAUUGUAGAAGAUGGUGACAUCAUCUUCUUCAAAUUCAACACACCUAAUCAGCCCAAAAAGAAGUGAAGCCAGUUGGAUGGACAGUACUGUCUAUGGCACAUGCUCAGUCUCUUCAUUUAUGGCUUUGGAACAUUUAAAACACAAUCGCACCUUAGUGGUGUAUUAAGUACAUUUUUUAUUUUAUUAUUUUGGCUGAUGGCUGAAAUUAAUGAAAUGGCUGGUCUGCUUACAAAAGCUGCAUGUCACACAGCAGUUUAUUCUAAUAAAACACUUCCUCAGACCAAAGUGUUUUCUGUUGAAGGUUCUUUCCCAAUUGUCUAGAUGUUUC